AUGACCCUCAAGCAGGGGAAGGAUGAAGCGCUGCGGACGUUUAUGGACAAGUAUCAGAAGACCGUCCGGCGCGUGAAAAGCUUGACGCCAGAGCUCGCCCUUCACUAUAUCCUGCCAGCUCUAAAGCCAGGGCCGUUUAAGGAUAGCGUCUGCAGGCGAGCGCCCAAAACAAUGGAAGAGUUGAGGGAACGAGCGGCGGAUGAGAUAAGGGUGGAGGAGAUGAAGCUCUCGUACAAAAGGGAGAAUCAGGAGGCCAGGGGAGAAAAGGCAGACGGUAAUAAGCCCGGUCAGUCGACGGGGAAAACGUCCGGUCCUAGGCCCAGGGAGCAGAAAAAGGGACCCCGUUUCCAAUAG